AUCUCUCCCACCGAUUCCCGCCCCCUUUGCUUUUUCUCCAGAGGUGAACACAAGAGAAGCGCACACAGAUCAAACCGGGAGGAUGACCAUCAGCAAAGAGUCCAGGAAAAGUUCUGCGCGGGGUUCCCUCCGCGCCCCCAAGUUCCUGGACAAAUCCGGCGGCUUCUACGACCGCCUGGAUGAACCAGAAAGUGCCCCGCUGACAGACAAUUUGGUGGCGGACGCAGAGAGGGAAGUGGACGACGGUGAGACCUUCAUGCGGCGGACACCCAGCGGCAGGUGGAGGAGAAGAAGCUCCAGGAGGAAGCAGAAGCAGGCGCUACCUCUGGAGAGCCCCCAGGUCUUGGAGGGACACCAGGCCCCCGACCGGGGGGACCGGCUCACGCGCGUUCCUUCCCAGGAGGAUGCCGACGACCGGGUGCUGAUCCGAGACAAGACAAGGAUGAAGAGGGAGCAAGAGGUAGUCAUGAAGGUGGUCAAGAGGAAUUCGAUGAAAGCAUAUCGUAAGGCUGUCGACCGAGCUUUUCGGAGAGGCUGGGAGGCGUUUGUGGCCAACAUCUACAGCGUGACCCUCACGCCUGUCAAUCCGUCCCAAAAGAAGCAUCAGCAUAAUGUCGUGCUGGCCGAGUUCCAGUAGAAGCUCAGCGAUAACGAUUUAGCUAAUCAUGAUGCCGUAUCUCCCAUUGAUGGCAUGAUGCUGAUUAUUUAUUGGAAGUUAUUUGUUCAUUAUGUCAGGUUCACUAUUUGGAGUUUUUCCACAGGUUUAGCAUGAUGAAAACACAAAAGUGUCGAUGUGUAACCUUCAAAAAAAGCAAUGACUUAAUAGUGGACCCAUUUUGUCAUUUAUUUCAAGAGAGACAUUUAUAUCAGACUGUAGCCACUUGGUGUUCCGGUGGACUUUUUUUUUUGUCCAUGAGGGGCAAAAUAGAGAGAUAAAACCAUUGAUUUAAAAGCAAUUUGUUUUUUUUUGUUUUUUAUUAUAUGUUAAGUGAUAUAUUUAUGUGCAAUGUUAAUUUGGUCUUGAUGGUAUAUAAAAAGCAUUGACUGCUAGUGCAAACAUUGAAACAGGUGAUGCAGAAAAGAGAGUUAUGAUUAUAAAAAGGGUGAGGCUAUGUUUAAAUGUGAUUACAUAUUUUAGUUUUAUUACUUGAUCGAUAAGAUUUUCUUCACAUUGUCACGUUCAACAUUCAGUCCUCCACUCCGCUGUCAUUCAUCCUCUCAUCCGAUAGAUGGCAGUAGUUCGCUUCCGUCCAAAGAGCUUUAGAAGAAAAAUGUCCCUUCUGUUGAUACAUGCGACAUAUUUCGAGAAUUAUGUCAGUUAUAUGCACAUAAAUAUAUAAACAAUACUUCUGUGACGGCUCUAGCAAAAAAAAAAUAUUCUACCAUCAACCGUUUUUCGGCAAGCGUUGGGGAUUUAAAAAAAAAAGUUGAGAAAUGGGCGGAGCCACGUGGUGUGUGUAUAUAAACCGGAAGCAGCCAUCUUUUCGUCCUCUUUCUUAGCUUCCGUACGACGAGAUGCAGCGUGUUCGAGAAGCUACGUUAGCAUCAGAUGGAGAGAAUGCAAGAAGCCGAUGGAUGGUCUUCUGAUCUAAAG